CAGGAAGAAGCAGCAGAAUUUAGACAAACAUGUUUUGUAUUUUGAACAUUUCCUCUCCAACUUAUCAUUUUUCUAACGAAUGAUAAAACAGUACAAUAAUCAUUUCUCCCUGAACCAUGGACUCAGACAGCAUUAUUCCAGAAUCAUUUGACAGCAGAAAUAUGUACUCAGGAAGAAUAUGGCCCUAUUAUCAAAAAUAUCCAAUGCUUCUUACAUACGGACUCAUGGCACUUUCAUAUAUAUUGAUCUUGACUCUCUUCAUAAUGGUUUUAUCGAGCUCUACAAAUUAUAGCUCUACAGCGGACAGCAAAGUUCAGACAGAAAUUGUUUCCUUCAAGACAAAUAUUUCCGGUCUUUCUUCAAAAGUGAUCCAACUAGAAAAGACUGCUUACAAGGAAACAUGUGAGAGUAGCUGGCUAAAUUUCAAAAGCCACUGCUAUUUCAUCACUUCUACAAAGACUAACUGGAUGAAGGCUCGGACAACAUGCAUAUCCAAGGGAGGUGACCUUGUUGUAAUCACAAGUCAGGAAGAACAGCUUUUCCUGAUGUCCAAGGUCAGUUAUAAAACUAACCGAUAUUGGAUAGGCUUGAGCGAUAUGGAGGAUGAAGGUGUGUGGACAUGGGUUGAUGGAACAGGCUAUGAAAGAUCAUACAAGAACUGGAGAAAAGGAGAACCUAAUGACUUUGAGUCUAACGAAGACUGUGCUCACGUGUGGCUUGAUGGCGAGUGGAAUGAUGUGCACUGCACAUAUGAGAAUUGUUUUGCCAUUUGUGAAAAAAAGCUAAGCUGACCACUGACCACUGCCACCAAUAUGUCAGUGAUGCAUACAACCCAUACAUAUUUUAUUGUGUAGAUAUACUACGGUAAUCAUAAAACUAAAUUUAUCAUUUAAAAUUGGACUUUAAAAGUGAUCUAAAUAUCUAAAUAGAAUAAGGAGUGUUUUGCUAGAAGUAACUAGUAACUUAAUC